GAAGCUAUGGAAGUUGAAACAGCGAAGCAUAUGGCGUCUUAAUAGUUGUAUAAAUGGUUCUUCAUUCUUCACUUCUUCCCUUCACACACAUUCAUUCUCCUUUUCUUUCCUUUUCCUUCUUCAACCUUCACGCAAUUCCCACUUUCUUCAACAUUAAUUCUUUCAAGAUAGUUAAUUGAAUAUAACAAUGAAGCAUAAAGAUGGAAAACCGAUCAACCAUCCAGACAAGAACAGGAAUGUCAGCUUGGCAAUCACAGUUAUUGUUCUAUGUGGAGCAUCUUUCUACCUCGGUGGAGUCUUUUCUUCUGGAAAGGAUCCGGUUGUCGCCAUCACCGAUCAUAGGAACAUGGAUCCUUCUUCAGAAACAGCUGUUUCUCUAGUAACUAAAGCCAUCAGUUUCCCAGAAUGCAGCAAGGAAUAUCAAGACUACACCCCAUGCACAGAUCCAAAGAGAUGGAGAAAGUAUGGGACGUAUCGGCUCACCUUGUUGGAACGCCAUUGCCCUCCCAUAUUUGAGAGGAAAGAAUGCUUAGUUCCUCCUCCAAGUGGAUAUAAGCCUCCAAUUAGAUGGCCAAAGAGUAGAGAUGAAUGUUGGUACAGGAAUGUGCCAUAUGACUGGAUUAACAAGCAAAAGUCUAACCAGCAUUGGUUGAGAAAGGAAGGUGACAAAUUCCAGUUUCCUGGUGGAGGUACUAUGUUCCCCAAUGGUGUUGGUGAGUAUGUUGAUUUAAUGCAAGAUCUGAUCCCAGGAAUGAAAGAUGGAACUGUGAGAACUGCCAUUGAUACUGGUUGUGGGGUUGCUAGCUGGGGAGGUGACUUGUUGGAUCGAGGGAUUCUAACAGUUUCUCUUGCUCCAAGAGAUAACCAUGAAGCUCAGGUUCAAUUCGCUCUAGAGCGUGGUAUCCCUGCAAUUCUUGGUGUCAUUUCUACACAGAGAUUACCAUUCCCAGCAAACUCAUUUGAUAUGGCUCACUGCUCCAGAUGCCUUAUCCCAUGGACAGAAUUCGGUGGACUUUAUCUCCUUGAAAUACACCGUAUUCUUCGUCCCGGAGGAUUCUGGGUCUUGUCCGGCCCACCAGUCAACUAUGAGCGCAGGUGGCGAGGAUGGAACACGACCGUGGAAGAGCAAAAAUCAGACUACGAUAAGUUGCAAGAUUUGCUAACUUCAUUGUGCUUCAAGUUGUACAACAAAAAGGAUGAUAUUGCUGUGUGGCAGAAGGCAAAAGACAACAAUUGCUAUGAUAAGCUUCCAAGAGAGACCUAUCCUCCGAAAUGUGAUGACAGCCUUGAUGCUAAUGCAGGAUGGUACACGCCACUCCGUCAUUGUUUCAUGGUUCCAGAACCUAAGUAUAAGAAAUCAGCUCUAACAUACAUGCCUAAGUGGCCUGAGCGAUUGAACUAUGCACCUGAACGGCUUAUGCUCGUCCAUGGCGCCAGUUCUAGUACUUUUAGUCAUGAUAACAGCAAGUGGAAGAAGCGCAUUCAGCACUACAAGAAGUUGUUGCCUGAUCUUGGAACUAGCAAGAUUAGGAAUGUGAUGGACAUGAACACAGUAUAUGGAGGUUUUGCUGCAGCCUUGAUCAAUGAUCCCCUGUGGGUUAUGAAUGUGGUCUCAUCUUAUGGCAAGAAUACGCUCCCUGUGGUCUAUGAUCGCGGCCUCAUUGGAACCUUCCAGGACUGGUGUGAAGCUUUCUCAACAUAUCCUCGUACUUAUGACCUCCUUCAUCUUGAUGGACUCUUCACUGCAGAAAGCCACAGAUGUGAGAUGAAGUAUGUGUUGCUGGAGAUGGACAGAAUUUUGAGACCUACUGGGCAUGCUAUCAUUAGGGAGUCUACUUAUUUUGUGGAUGCCAUUGCAACCAUUGCCAAGGGUAUGAGAUGGACAUGCCGCAUAGAGAACACAGAGUACAGCAGCGAGAAAGAGAAGGUAUUGAUAUGCCAGAAGAAGCUAUGGCAGUCAUCCAGUUCAAGAUGACAAGUUGGUGUGCUGAAGCAGUGAUAUGAGACAAGGGAUGGCUAGAAUCGUAAUUCCUCAGAAGUAGAAGUGAAGGGAAACGAAUUCAGAAGGCAUUCUCAAACAAAGAUUGAUGAUUGAUGAUUGAUUCAUUCUGUGACAAAGUUGAAAACCAAGAAUCAGUCAAGUUCAAAUUUAUAUCAAAAUGAAGAUUUGGUAACAAUAAUCUGAUUUUUUUUAAAUUAUAGAAAAUUUUCAUAUAGAUAUAUUCUUUAUUUGGCAUCAAAUGUAUCGGAAACUCCUCUUUCUCCCUUUCUUCUUUUAUCUUAAUUUUGUUGUGUAAUAUCCAGGAUAAUUCACGUGAAGAAAUCAAAGUUUUAAAUCUCACAGGAACCAUAUGAUAUGCAAUGUUUUACAUGAAUUCGAAUACUUUACAAGAGAAUAACACAAUUAA